UAGAGGUUCCAUCACCUGCGAGAUAUCCCAACAAAUGAUGUUCAACACUGUCUUGCUAUGUUUGGCCACUGUGCAUGCAAUCCAAGCAAUUCUUACAUCAGAAUCUGGCAACGGGAGGUUGCAAGCAUUAAGCUCUAGUGCAAGCAAUGGAAGGUACUACUACCCAAGUCUGCUACACAACAUGAAGGAUCCACAGUUGCCAGAAACAGAACUGGCUAAAUCUGAAUUGAUGAGACUGGAAGCAGGAAUAGCUGAAGAAGAUCAGAUGGAAGAUUAUAGCCUGCUGGAUCCAAGGGCUCUGUCCCUGGAGGUAGCUUCUCGUGAAGAGCGAUCACCUAGAAGAUGUGUCCAACUUUUGGAGUCCUGUGUCGGCCACCUCCCAUGCUGCAGCCCCUGUGCCACCUGUUAUUGUCGUUUCUUUAAUGCAUUUUGCUAUUGCAAAAAAACUAGUACCAACUGCCACCAAGGCAAGAACUAGAAUUUUUUUUGCCAAAGCUGAUGUGCUCUGUAGAGCUACAACUUUAUUGCUUUGUAACAUUAUCAACCUGUAUAUUGACUGUUUUUAGGAUGUCUUUAUUUCCUUCUUAAUGCAAAAGUAUAAAUGCCUCUAGAUUGGUAAUGUACGUCAUGUUGGCUCUUGGAUAUAUCUAUAUAUUUUUUUUCUACAGCCCAUUUCUCAGGAUAGCAUUAAUUAGUAACUUGCAUGUUAACACAUUUAUUGACACUAAUCUAAAGAC